GGUGGUGCCGGUGAUGCUGCUGGUGGUGGUGCUGGUGUUGGUGAACGGGGCUUGUCUUCUGGCUGGCUGGAUGUGUUGACACGCAUUUCUGCUCCAUCUCCUUGAUUAAAGCGGCAGCCUGGAGGGGAGUCGCAGCCGAGUGUGAAGCAGCAGCAGCGGCAGCAGCAGCAGCAGUCAGGGGUCUGGGCAGACGGAGGAAUGAGAGAGGACCGAGCCGCGGCAUCUUCACUAUGCAGCCGACUACCACCACCAGCCGUCCAUUUUAUACGACUAUAUGAGCCGAUGAGCUCCAGUUUGUCUGUAUCUUGCAGGCAGGCAGCAACAGUGUGCGGUCCCGGAGAUGACAACAUAGGCCAACGCCUCGCUGCAGCUACAUACAGGGAAUGAAAACGCUCCCAAGAUGGUCCGCAUCGCCAAGGCCCUGGGUUUGGUUAUUCUGUGCGUCGCUGUGCUCAUACUGUCGCUCAUCAGCUAUGUCUCCCUGAGAAAAGACAGCCUCUUCACCUCCUCUAAAUAUUACAUGGGAGGCCCGAGGAUUAUGUUCCAUGCAGGAUUUCGGUCUCAGUUUGCCAUGAAUUUUCUGGACCCAUCCUUCAUCCCAUUAACCAACGCCCUGAACGAAGAGCUUCAAGGAAAACCGUCCAAAUGGAAGUUCAACAAGACUGCUUUUUAUCAGCAGAGGAAAGAUAUCUUCAGCUACAUCGACAUUCCCAACAACUUCUCCCUCACAAAGAAUCGAGUGCGUGUUGGCCAGCUGAUGCACUUUGAUUACUCCAGCCACAAGUACGUCUUCUCCAUCAGCAACAACUUCAAAUCCCUGCUCCCAGACACCUCUCCUAUCCUCAACAAGCACUACAGCAUGUGUGCUGUGGUGGGAAACAGCGGCAUCCUGACCGGCAGCCACUGCGGUCCAGAAAUCGACCAGGCUGACUUCGUCUUUCGCUGCAACUUCGCUCCCACGGAGGUCUACUCCAAGGACGUGGGCAGGAAGACCAACCUGACCACCUUUAACCCCAGCAUCCUGGAGAGGUACUACAAUAACCUGCUGACCAUUCAAGACAGGAAUAAUUUCUUCCUCAACUUGAAGAAGCUGGAGGGAGCCAUCCUGUGGAUCCCCGCCUUCUUCCUCCAUACCUCAGCCACAGUGACCAGGACCCUGGUGGACUUCUUUGUGGAGCACAAGGGCCAACUGAAGGUCGAACUGGCCUGGCCGGGAAACAUCAUGCACGAUGUCAACAAAUACUGGAAGACUAAAAACCUCUCUCCCAAACGUCUCAGCACUGGAAUACUCAUGUACACUCUGGCCUAUGCCAUGUGCGACGAGAUCCAUCUGUACGGCUUCUGGCCCUUCGGCUGGGACCCCAACACGGGCAAAGAGCUGCCUUACCACUACUACGACAAGAAAGGGACCAAAUUCACCACCAAGUGGCAGGAGACUCACCAGCUGCCCAGCGAGUUCAAGCUGCUCUACAAGCUGCACAGGGAAGGCGUGACCAAGCUCAGUCUGACGCACUGCACUGCUUAGACAUACAAUGAGUGUUGGAUGGUUUAAGAGGUGACUCCACAGGCCGUGACCCAGAUACAUCAGCUCUGUUCAAAACUUCUGUUGUGACCCACGUUGCAUGAUAAGUGUUAAGGCAAUUUAUGACACCCUCAUUCUACAAACACACACUCACAUCACGCUGUGAUUUCACAUGAAGAUGUCAGGCUCACUCGUGGUAUAAAUCGCAGAUUCAUUCGGUAUAUCGUUGUGUUCAGUACAGUUAGGAUUUUUAUGCUGCUCAGUUGCUUCCAUUAGUCUCCUUUGCAUGGCUGCUGGCCGUGGCUAAACAGCUCGAACAGAACAAACGUCUAUUUAACUGGAGUCCACAGGGGAUUCAGCUGUGGAAACAGAGAGUCAAAUCUGUUUAAUACAGUAUUGAUAGAUUUAUCGCCUUUUACAACAGUAUACUGAUUCUGUACACUGAAAUCACUGCCCAAUCUCAGGGAAGGAGUUAGAUCAGUGUUUUUUUGUAAUCAGAUUCAAUGCCUCAAGAGAGGUGCAGUUCCUGUUUUCAGGCCUUUUCCCCCUUGAGCUGUCAGACAAUCUGCACUGCUCUGGAAGACGGUAUAUGUUUACAAGACUGUACUGUAUAUAUCUCUCUCUCUAUGUAUAUAUAUAUAUAUAUAUAUAUACAUAGAGAGAGAUAUAUAUAUAUGAAUAUACACACAUGUAUAUAAUAUACUUGUGUGUCUUUUAUUCUCUGUAGACAGUGUGACUGUCCACUUCAAAUUUUGUUGAGAUUCUUCAAAUUUUUGGAAUAACAAUCAACAUUCCAACAAUAAGCCAUAAAAUCCAUGGACAGAAAGCAGAAAGUAUGUUGUCAUUACAGUACAGAAUUAAAGAAAGUGGUAUCGGCCUACAUUAGGUUCUGAAACUAUAAGACAUUUGAAAUAUCUUCCUACAAGAGUACAAGUCUAUAGCCACGCUAGCGGUAACAUUCAAGUCACAGAGUUUAGAUUUUCAAACAAAAUAAAUACCCGGCAAUCUUUGAAAAACCCAAAAUGUCGUCUAACAACACUUAACCACUGUUCUUUCUGGUAUUCUGAUUCUGGUGUUUCCUGACUCCUCAAAGAUAAUAUUUAGUCCACAGCAAGAUUUAAAAAAAAAAAAGUUUUUUAACCUGUUUCCCGAGUUGCUACUCUAUUUCCUGUCCAGUAAGAUGGAAAUGACGUAUCUUCUUACUCUUUUACAACCCAAGACAAAUACUAACACGUUAUUUUGUUUGCAAUUUAAAAAAAGUUAAAUUCUUUGUUUGGCUCAUGUUGCACAAGUUGAGCCUGACAUUGACAUUUUUUGAGAGUUUCAUUAAACAGCUUUCUGAGUUUGUCAGGUAUUUAUUUUUCAGAAAUCAGAUACUUAGUUUUGUGAUGUAAUGGCAAUACAUGAGAGUCACAAACUGGAGCUAAGGUUGCACUGGCUAUUCGUAAAUCCAUUCCUAAGUUUGUGUGUAAAGUUCUUCCUAAAUUCUAAUUAACUACUAGCUAUUUUCAAACUAGUGUGUUACUAAAUCUGGUUGCAACCUUAUGGUGAAGACAAGACUUCAGGGAGUCACUGCUACAGACAAAUAGUAACCCUGGCAGCAAAAUUAUUCUGGCUCAAUAUACGCCCCGCUUCCUUGACCCACAUACAACAUGACUGUCAGAUGCUGCUUCCACAUCUGGACCAAUUCUGGCGCACACAAAGAAAAUCUUCCUGGCUGUCAGCCAACACUGGAGGAUAACAGCUGGAAUCAAGCCAGAAGUGGAAGUGUAUGUGCCAGACUUGGGCUGAGGACUCAGGCAUUUGUUGUGCCAGAGGUUUAAUUUUGUUUAUCAGGGAGCCCAUCAUCAUCAACCACAAAUUGUCGUUUUUACACACAUUUUUUGUACAGAUUAAACAAACAAGAUAUAGCAUGUUAAUUAAUGAGCUUUAAAGGUGCUGGUUGGUGGAUUUUGUUACCUUUGGAAAGAGCCAGGCUAGCCACUCCCUGUGCUAAGCUAAGCUAACUCGCUGCUGGCUACAGCUUCAUAUUUAACAUACAGACAUGAAAGUGGUAUCGAUUUUCUCAAUUGAGUCUCACAAAAAAGACAAGUGUAUUUCCCUUUAAAACCCAAUAUCCUAGCUUUUAAAGACUUUAUUAUUGAAACAUAAUGCAACAUAAGCAACAAAACUUCCAAAUGUAAAAGUUUUGCGGAGUUAAACACUGGCAAUCCUUUGUAAAUGUAGUUAGAUAUGACUUUGUUUUAUUUAUAUAUGCAUAUAGAGAAAUACGUUAAUGUUUUAGAGUUAAUAGUAUUCAUGCAGUGUAGUGUGAUUUCUAAAUAUCCGAUUAUGCUAACCAAACUGCUGUUAUUCGGCCAUUUAGUGCAACAUUACUGACAUAACAUUUUGUAAUUUGAGCUAUAGUGUUAUUUUUGUGAAAUGUAAUUUAAAAUUUCUCAAGUUUACAUUAUUAAACAGUAUGAUAACAGACUUUUGAACCAAAUUUUCUAUAUUUUCUCUUUUACUCUUCAGUCUAAACAGGUUAUGUAUUUGCAAGCUAAUGUUAGCUGCAUCAGCUAGUUCCGUUAGCUAUGCAACAGGUACACCUGGCAGUUUAGUGGGUGUGUAUAUUCAUUAAUAUUACAUAAGAACUAGUUUUUGUGGUGAAACGUGUUUUAACUUGCCGUAUAAAUCUCCACUUAGUAAACACAAGCUAAGUGUGAACUUACGAACAGCUGCAACUGUCUCCAGAAAACAAACUGUCGGAUCAGUGACAAACGGAGUGGCAAUCUUGCAAUUCUUACCACUAAUGAGGCAAAAAGUGUAAAGUCUGACCAGAGGGUACCAGAUUAAGACCAUCUUGUGACCUAAAUCAUGGCGCUAGCAUGGCUAAAAACAUUAGGAAAUAUAACAUUUUGGACAGUUUCUUCAAAUAUUCAAUAUCUACCAACAACUGAUCUUGAGGUUACCACUAUUUCAAUUACAAAAACACUAAAGACGAGACUACACUAUUUAUUAUAGAGCUUUUGAUGACUGGGGGAAAGUUAUUUAUUCAUCAUGUAACCAUAUCAAUUCCAAUAUUUGUGACAUAAAACAGAAAUGAAUGAAUGUUAUAUGACUUACUGCAUCUUGUAUAAAAAAGCAUGAUCCAUUUAAAUGACAUUGCAUGUGAGGCACUAACAAAUCUUUUAGGCUAGUUUUAUACAACCUUUUGAAGAUUGUUUUGAGGGUAAAAUUUAGUUAUUUGCUAUUGUUUGUAUUCCUGAUGGUGUAUUCCUCAAGAAUAUCACCAGUGUCUUUGUAUGACAGAUGUUUGAAGGCUAAAAAAAAAGAAACCUACUGCUAUAUUCCACAUGGGACCAAACCUCUACAGAUCGACUUAAAAAUGAACAAGCUUUAUUUUUUAUAAGUGUAGAUAAUCUUGGGUUCUCAAAAACAGUCCACCCCAUCAUGCCAGACUGAAGCAGACUGGUGGAUAAAGGGUUGAGGACGACUGAGCCCAAACAGUGAAAGCUGGCCAUAUGACCGUCUUAUGACUCUGCAACAUGUGCUCCCUGUUUCAAAUUCUGGCUUAGGCUGAUGUGAAAUACACAGAGAAAUGCAGUCAUUCACACUUCCCAGAUGUAGUGUGUGCUUUUGUGCUCAUUCAGAUUUGGCAUGACGGGCAUUUGCUUGACAUCCUGUCCCACACAAAGCUUUUUUUCUUCCGUCAGAUAUUUCAGAUUUCAGAUUUCAGAUAGAUAUAACGUUUGUGUCUCGUCUCUUAAAUCACAGUGCAGUCACCAACCGACAACCACGAAAAUACAUCUGAUGAAUUUCAGGCCAUUUAAUUGAUGUCAUAGAUGUGCUCAUUUAAGAAUAAUUUAGUCCCUCCAUUAGGAAUGUUGUGUACACCAAAGACCAUAUGUUCAAAGGAGCAAUGUUACCUUGGCUUGAUACAGAUCAGUUUGGGAUUUUCGAAGCUGUAUGACAACUCACACCAAGUAUUAUGGCAGGAGAAAUGGAAUAUGCCUUUGUUGAAUUUUACUUUUUGUGGCACAAAAAUUAUUUGAAACUUUUGCUUUUUUUGGCUUCAGCCAAAGUGAUGUGGUGGAAUUAAUGUGUGACUCCAUGAAUGUGCUCCUGUAGUUUGAAAAAUGCACUGGCACUGACACGAAUGAUAGACAUUUUCCUCCUCCAAAAAGUUUUUCUUAAGUUUCUCUCAGUGUGUGUAAAACCGUAAUGAUGCUAACAAAGUCUGUGCGGAUUGUAAUUCCAGUCAGAAAAACAAUAUAGCUUUUUGUGCAUUACAUUUAAAUGACCAGACAGUGACAUACAUAAUCUUAACAUAAAUUGUCUUUAUUCUAAAUGCAGCACUAUACAGGACUCAUUCCAACAACCCUUUAACAUUCUUGUACUUGUGUUCAAUCUGCAUGGCAACUUCGUUCCAUAAUGCAUAAAAAAGCUUGGCUGCUUAUGUACAUGUCGUAUAAAAGUCAUAAAUCAUGUAAGGGACUGUGCUAUCUUGGUUGUUCUAAACAAAAAUGAUCAUCCAUAUAAGAAAUGUAACCAUGUCUUAAAUGUUUUUAGAUUAUACUCCAUGAUAAAUAUACGUUAUGUGCCUGCAUACUCCUUCCAUCAAUGCCUCAAUGUGUCAAAUAAAAACGGUAUUUUUCUCUGA